AUCGGUCAAUCUGGUCUUUCCCUACACUUCCAUCCCACCUCGUUGGACUUUCUCUCAGACAACCCUCUCAACCCGUUUCCUCAUACUCAGACUCAUCAACUAUGGCUGACCUCUGGGGAAAUAAUGGCCAAAUAGGCCAGCAAUUCCCCCUGGAACAAUGGUUCUACGAAAUGCCCCCCGUCACACGAUGGUGGACAGUAGCCACCGUGGCGACCUCGGUACUCGUGCAUUGUCACAUCGUGACCGAAUUCCAACUCUUCUACAGCUUCCGUGCCGUCUAUGCCAAAUCCCAAUACUGGCGCCUCCUAACCACAUUCCUCUACUUUGGCAAACUAAACCUCGACCUCAUCUUCCACGUGUUCUUUCUACAACGAUACUCGCGACUCCUAGAAGAAUCCUCCGGCCGGUCCCCCGCGCAUUUCGCCUGGCUCAUUUUCUACGCAACGAGCUCGCUCCUUAUCAUUUCGCCCUUUCUAUCGCUGCCCUUCCUAGGAACCGCGUUGAGCUCGAGUCUUGUGUACAUCUGGGCGCGACGGAAUCCGGAUACCCGGUUGAGUUUCCUGGGAUUGUUGGUAUUUCCGGCGCCGUAUCUGCCGUGGGUGCUCAUGGCGUUUAGUUUGAUUGUGUAUCAGACGGUGCCCAAGGACGAAAUGCUGGGUGUGGCGGUUGGGCAUGUCUGGUAUUUCUUCAACGAUGUCUACCCGACUCUGCAUGGUGGCCAUCGGCCGUUGGAUCCGCCCUUGUGGUGGCGUCGACUGUUCGAGAGUGGUCCGGCGCGGGAGCGUCCGACGGAUGCUAUUGAUGUGAAUCCGGACUUUGCGGCGGCUGCUGCGCCGGAGAUUCGAUGAGGGCGUGCGCCGUGAGACUUAUUGGUUGGUCUUUGAUAUGUCGAGGAAGGCUGGCCGUGGUCCGCUCAACAUCUGCAGUUGUCAGCCAUCAUUGUGGAUAUUGACCUUGGACUUGAGCCGGGCAGAUUGAGUCUCGGGAUGUUGGCGCAAUCCAAGGCAAGAUAUGGACUGAACAUCCCACAUCUGUCGCUUAGAUGGCGAGGUUUACACAAGAUGUGCAAGGGCUGGUCCCUAUACACGUUUCAAACCGCCCGUUUGAUGGCAAGGCACGGCGAAGAAUGGAAGAGGGUGGCAGGGGGAAUUGUUGGGAAAAUAUGCAUGUUUAUUUCAAGUCGAUCAUAGCGAAGAUACCCUAUUAGCUCUAAAUAUUCACUCGUUAUCUCUCCAAACCGAAGCACUCGAUAGAAGAGCCUGCCAAGA